GUCCUUAUCUCUUGUCAUGAAUUAAGGAUAGCUUUUCGAUGGUUCCAAGGGUUUCGAGUUUAAUAGGUUUUCCCCCAUUUCAUACCCCAGAUAUAAAGUGUGUCACAGUGUCAGGAUAGGUCUCCUGGAGAUUGCACAAUGUCUAUUCAUUCGAAACCUUAAUUACGCAAGACGCUUCUGGUCUUUCGCAAUAUCUGGGACGUACCAUUCACCUGCCCGUCCUAACUCUGAACAACACAACACAGCCCUGCUAGCCUUCCGACCUACUUUUCGAGUGGGCUUAUAAAUAGAGUUGUAUUCCGACUCACUAUCGACCCUCCUUGUUGAGUGUAAUCUGUGGCCAAUAAUCUAUGUUUUCAGGUGUGUGGUUGAGGAUGGAUGUGUUUUUAAGCAGUGUGCUUCUGACAAUUCUUUGUUUCUUCUGUGGAAUACGAACAGCAGAUGCAGUGUGCUAUGAAACCCUGAAUGCAACGGACAUCCCCCAGAUUUUCACCUCGCCAGGAUACCCCUUGAAAUAUGCUGCAAACCUGCAAUGCACAUGGCAUAUUCGCGCAGCAGAUCCAAGCCAGGUGGUUGUCUUGGAAACGUUGGACUCAAUGAUUCAUUCUUCGAUUGAUUGCCAAGAAGACACCGCUGCCUUAUUUGAGGGUCCAAUUGCUAAUGACACUAGGUUGGUACGCAAAUGGUGUAGUGACCUUCGAUACUACUUUGCCGAUUCGAACAGCUACUUCCUGUUCUUCCGCACUGAUUCAAAGUUCGAGAACAGAGGAUUUCAAGUCCGCUAUUACCAAGGACAGAGAAGUGGACCAUGUAAUCGUGAUCUUGUGGCUAACAGUGACGUCCAGAACAUCAUAUCACCUGGGUAUCCCGUUGGAUAUUACCAUGACUUGUCCUGCACCUACAGCAUCCAGGCAGAGCAAUCGACUGACCGGAUACAGAUAGACAUGGUCGACAUGCAUAUUGAGAACUCUGUCAGUUGUGAAGAUGAUAACAUUACUAUCGUUGAUCCCAAUCUUGGCGAGUAUGACGUGGGGACAAUCUGUGGCCAAAUGACACCAUCAUAUCAGAGCAGCGGUUCGCGGUUACAGAUCAAGUUCAACUCGAACCGUAUCAAGGAAACCAGAGGUUUUAUGAUCAAAUUCAAGAGCAUUUCGAAUUUGGACUGCAGGAACGAUGAGUUGGUAGCGACUGAUGUUGAUUCCUACCUUGUGUCACCCGGUUAUCCGAAUUAUUACAGUAACCUUGCGUGUAGCUGGACAAUAUUGAGUAAUAAUCCACAAAGGACUGUAGAGGUCGAGGUCAUGCAAGUGGCAAUAUCCAGCACACCUCCUGCGUGUAACGGAGACAGACUUGAAGUGGAUUAUCUUGAUUCGUCAAAGCCAAACGAGGUGAUAUGCGGUUCAAGCACCCCGUCACAAAAGUUCGUUAGCCUGGGUAGCACUUUGUCAAUCACAUUCACAUCUGAUACUACCAACGAAGGCCAAGGUUUUUACAUCAGAUAUCGACUGGUACAAGAAAACGCACCUUCUGCCUCGUGUGAUCAGACAUUGGCUGCAACCGAAAGAGAGCAGAUUCUUACGUCUCCGGGAUAUCCACACAUCUCUCUUAAGUCACAAACCUGCUCCUACACUAUUAGAGCACAAAGUGGUUACCACAUCAGAGUGACUCUCAACGAUCUUGAUAUUGAAUUGAGCAAACGCUGCAUAUUUGACAGCUUGACAAUAUCAGACGGUUCUUCGACCCUAAAUGAGUUAUGGUGUGGGGACAGAGCUGGAGAAGUUGUGAAUAGUCUGAGAAAUGAGGCCACCGUGACCUACAGUAUAGAUAACUCCAACAACGGAAAAGGUUUCUCCCUCAAGUAUUCUGCAGUCAGUGGAACACCUAGUAAGAUCCAGACAAUGACCAUGCCCACACGAAGCACUCCGCUCUACCUGACUUCACCUGGAUUUGAAAAACGAUUCCCUCGAGGCAUAUCCUUCACGUACAUCUUCACUGCCGACCCUCUACUACGAAUACGACUGCGAGUAACUGAAUCGUAUCUUCGUUACUACACUUCCACUGGGGCCUGUAUUGGUGAAAGGGUCAUGCUUUAUGACGGUCCAUCUUCAACCAGUUCUAAGUUGAGAUCUGUGAACACUGGGGAAUUUGGCUGGUGUGCCUUGGACCUCCCUGUUUUCGUCAGCAGCAGCAACUACAUGACCAUGGUGUACAAAACAAAGACAUCUAGUGACCAUGAAAGAAUUGGCUUUGUUCUCAGUUAUGAGCAAGGCAACUUCACUGAUUUAUAUCCAUACACGUGUGGUGGCAUGUACGAAGCGACGUCAGGGAGGACCACAAUCUCCUCGCCAAACUACCCAGGAAACUACGGCAACAAUAUGGUAUGCAAAUGGACCAUAUGGGCGACUUCGAACACGACCCAGAUCCGACUAGCUGGCAGCUACUCUCUUGCAGGGGGCUCCAGUGGUAGCUGUGGUGGAGACUUUCUGAACGUGUACGAUGGUGCAGAAGAUGGUUCCAACUUUCUCGAAAAGUUGUGUGGGACAGGCUCUGAUACUCUUCAGUCCAUCGGAAACCUUCUUACGAUCGUUAUGAAGACUGAUGGAAGUUACACGGGGAAAGGAUUUAGUUUCUUGUUUUACGAAACAACAGAUCCACCUCCGUGUGGUGGGUCCUUGACAGCAUCGUCGACGAGUUUAAACCUCAGAAAGACAAUUCGCCCAAACCUUUCAUGUAAAUGGAUAUUUACAAGGGAAACUGACGACGCCUACAUUCGACUGAAACUGACAAGUUUUUAUAUCGGGGUGCAGAGCAGCGGCACAUGUGGCGCGGAUCGUGUAGAAAUAUAUGAUGGUAACUCUGAAUCAAGUGACCGGCUCGCUUCACUCUGUGGAUACAAGUCAGCUGCAACGUACAUUGGAACCGGUGAGCAGAUGAUGGUCAAGCUGGUGACAGGAGUGUCCCCUACAGGAGAUGGCUUUAGUAUCGAAUACAGAGCAUCCACUGAAGAGCGAUGUACCAGAGGGAAUCUCAGGGCUAUCAGUCAAAUAUCUUACCUUCAGUCUCCCUCCUAUCCCGAUAACUAUGCAUCGAACCUACACUGCACGUGGCUCAUCGACAGUGGCUACGCGGACAGAAUUGUCUUCUUUGAUAUCAAGAUAGCAAGCAUAUUCUACUCCGCCGGCUGUGCGGAUGACCAUCUGGCAGCAUAUGACGGAAUAUCGGAGGCAACCGGCGUUCAGUUAGGUAAAUGGUGUCGGGGUGUUGGUCCAACUGGAAAACAACAGACAACUCAACAAUAUUUGACCAUUGUCUUUCACACAAACGAAGAUGAGUCUGAUCGUGGGUUCAGGCUGAGUUACUGGAAUGAUGUCAAGCCCAUAGAAGAAGGUGGAAAUGGAGGUUCAAGUAGCAACAUAGGAGCAAUUGUUGGUGGCGUCAUUGGUGGCCUCGUACUGUUGGCUGUGAUCGUCGCCGUCGUCGUCAUCAUCUUCUGUGUCGUCCGGAAACCUCGGUCGAAAAACGGGAAUAGGCUUCCCGGAUCUGGUCAAGCCAUUCCUCCAGUAGCUUAUCAGCCACAGAUGCAUAACGUGUAUAUGACACCAGCGUCCACUAGCCUUAAUGGACAUGCUUACGACAAUAAUGCUUACAAUGUACAUCCGCAACACCAAGGGUCAAAGUAUGAAGUCCCGGCACAUGGACAUUCCCAACCAGAACAUGUUCAAGGGAAGAAUUAUUCUUUCGGAGAGCCCAGACAGGAAAAUGUAUAUUCUCAGCUAGGGCCUGCUGAGAGGGAUGAUUAUUUUCAGUUUGGGCCUAUGGAAGAACCGAAAUAUUCAGAAAUAACACAGAGAAGCCCCCCGCGUCAUGACUACCAAAACGCUGCGAACAAUAUCGAAACUAACAUUUGAGCCUUGUUCAAAUUCAGUUUAUAAAAUAGAUACACAACUCUUAUGGUAUGUUUUGACAUGAGAAUUAUCUGAAGAUUAUCUGACAUUUAGUUGCUUGAAAUAAUUCACGUUUAUGUACAAAACCAGGAGAUCCCAGUACUAUGAUUUGAGGACCAAAGACCAACUGACAAUUAGCCAAAAUGUUUCAUAUCUGUCGCAUGAUAUCUAUUAUAUCUUUAUUGUCCUAGUUUACUUCCCACUUCCCUUUUUGGAAUUAUGUAUGUGAUAUUCUGAUGUCUCUACUUUGGUAUAGAGACCUUAAGACCUUCCACUUUCCAGAAAUCGUUUUGAAUUCCAUUACUGAUUGAGGUAUCAUUCUAUAUUUAACCAGCACGCAUGUUUGUUAACAUGUGUGUAAAUCUUAUUUCUUAUAUAAGAGUUGUAAUAUCAAAUACAUGUAUCAUCUGAAUAUCUAACAGUUAUUAUAAACUGCUUCGAUCAGUUCAAACUAGUCCCAAGAUUCACUGGUGCCUGUGUCAAUAAAAGUUGUGUAGUUUUGA